CCUCCUCUUACUCACCCCUCCUCACCUCUUCCUCACCUCUCCUUCUCUCUCUCCUCUCUCAACAAUGUCCAGCAUCACUCCUAACGUUCCCUCCGCCGCGGAUCUUCCCCGUCCCAAGCACCGACGCACCCCCACCGGCUUCUCUCCGAAAGAGAUCAAGAGCUUUGAGGCUUCCAUCCCCGCCGCUUCGCGCGAUCUCUGGCAGCAGUUCGGCGUCACCGAGUUCCAGGACAAGGAGGCUUUCCAGAAAGAAUUCAUUCGCCAUGUCGAGACUACUCUUGCUAGAUCAAUGUACAACUGCGAUGACCUCGCGGCCUACCUUGCCGCGUCGCAGGCCAUCCGCGAUCGUCUGAUCGUCGCCUGGAACAAGACCCAGCAGAAGCACACCACCAAGGACCAGAAGCGUGUCUACUACCUCUCCCUUGAGUUCCUCAUGGGUCGCGCCAUGGACAAUGCCAUGCUCAACGCUGGUGUCAAGGACAUUACCAAGACUGGUGUCGAUGAUCUUGGAUUCAAGAUCGAGGACCUUCUCGAGCAGGAGCCCGAUGCCGCCCUUGGAAACGGUGGUCUUGGACGUCUUGCUGCCUGCUUCGUUGACUCAAUUGCGUCAACCAACUAUCCUGGAUGGGGUUAUGGCCUGCGUUACCAGUACGGUAUCUUCAAGCAGCGCAUUGUUGACGGAUACCAGGUUGAGUCUCCCGACUACUGGCUUGCGUUCUCCAACCCUUGGGAAAUCCCUCGCUACGAAAUUGCGAUCGACGUCAUGUUCUACGGUUACACCCGCAAGUACACCAACGACCAGGGCAAGACCGUGAGCAUCUGGGAGGGUGGUGAGCAGGUGCAGGCUAUUGCCUACGAUGUCCCUGUUCCAGGAUACGAUACCGAGACCACCAACAACCUGCGUCUUUGGGCCAGUAAGCCUACCCGUGAGUUUGACUUUGAGAAGUUCAACUCUGGUGACUACGAGAGCUCCGUGCGCGAGUCGCAGAAGGCCGAGACCAUUUCUGCCGUUUUAUAUCCCAACGACAACUUCUACAGCGGAAAGGAGCUUCGAUUGAAGCAGCAGUACUUCUGGGUUGCUGCCUCGCUCAAUGACAUCGUCCGCCGAUUCAAGAAGACUCACCGUCCUUGGUCUGACUUCUCUGACCAGAUUGCCAUCCAGCUUAACGAUACGCACCCUACCAUCGCUAUUGUCGAGCUUCAGCGCAUCUUGGUUGAUAUGGAGGGUCUUGAGUGGGAUGCUGCUUGGGAGAUUGUGACCAGCACUUUUGGAUACACCAACCAUACCGUCCUCCCCGAGGCGUUGGAGAAGUGGCCCGUUCCUUUGUUUGGAAACCUCCUCCCUCGUCAUCUUGAGAUCAUUUACAACAUCAACCUCUUCUUCUUGCAGAAGGUUGAGAAGAUGUUCCCUAAGGACCGCGACAUGCUUGCUCGUGUUUCGAUCAUCGAGGAGUCUUCGCCUCAACAGGUUCGCAUGGCGUACCUCGCCAUCAUCGGCUCCCACAAGGUCAACGGUGUUGCCGAGCUCCAUUCUGAUCUUAUCAAGACCACCAUCUUUAAGGACUUUGUUGCUAUCUAUGGCACUGACAAGUUCAUGAAUGUCACCAACGGUAUCACUCCCCGUCGCUGGUUGCACCAGGCGAACCCCAAGCUUUCGGAGCUCAUUGCUUCCAAGGUUGGCAGCUACUCUUUCCUCAAGGAUCUUACGUUGCUCAAGAAGGUCGAGCCUUUUGCCAAGGAUCCUGAGUUUAUUGAAAAGUGGGCUGAUAUCAAGAAGUUCAACAAGGCUCGUCUUGCUGCUUUGAUCAAGAAGAACAAUGGUAUUGAUGUCUCAGUCGAUGCACUCUUUGAUGUUCAGGUCAAGCGUAUCCACGAGUACAAGCGACAGCAGAUGAACAUCUUCAGCGUGAUUCACAGAUACUUGACCAUCAAGGCUAUGUCUGCCGAGGAGAAGAAGGAUGUUACUCCCCGUGUCUGCAUCUUUGGAGGAAAGAGUGCUCCCGGUUACUACAUGGCCAAGACCAUCAUCAAGCUCAUCAACUCUGUUAGUGAGGUCGUCAACAAAGAUGCUGAUAUCGGAGAUCUUCUUAAGGUUGUUUUCAUUGCAGACUACAACGUGUCAAAGGCCGAGAUCAUCUGCCCUGCUUCCGAUAUCUCGCAGCAUAUCUCAACUGCUGGUACUGAGGCGUCUGGAACCUCAAACAUGAAGUUUGUCCUCAACGGUGGUCUUAUUCUCGGAACUGUUGACGGUGCCAACAUCGAGAUCACUCGUGAGAUUGGUGAGGAGAACAUCUUCCUGUUUGGUCACCUUGCCGAGUCUGUUGAUGACUUGCGUCACCAGCGCAGAUUCAAUGACGUGCCCAUCAACCCUGACCUCCAGAAGGUCAUCGAUGCUAUCGAGGGCGGCAUGUUUGGCGACAAGGAUAUCUACGGUAGUCUGAUCUACUCUGUGACUGGUAACAGAGAUUACUACCUCGUCAGCGACGACUUCCAGUCCUACCUUGACGCCCAGAAGCUCGUCGACAAGGACUUCAAGGACAAGACUACCUGGGUCAGCAGAUGUAUCACCGCCGUCGCCAACAUGGGCUUCUUCUCGUCCGACCGAGCGAUCAACGAGUACGCAGAGUCGAUCUGGAACAUUGAGCCUGUUGCCAAGUAAAGCGCUUGAUGUGAUUUAUAUUUAUACGUCUGUGCCUGUGAAGAUUAGUUUUUGUUUUUGUUUUCGUUUCUGGAUUGGUUAGUUAGAUCUGUUUUGACGAAGCUGUAUUGAUUAUAGCUAAGAUUGUUGAACGUGAAAAUACAUUGUAAGAGAUAUACUGUAA